AGAAGAACCGUUAAUUUUGAUUCGGUUACUGGUUCUCAAUUAAUGAACCGUAGUUAGAACCAAAUCGGACCGUUUAAAACUAAGAUAAAUAUAGAUAUACAUAUGUGUGUAAUUAAAUAUGUAUUUGAAUUUGGUAGGUUAAUCAUUUCCUUGCUAAACUUAAUUUAUUUAGAGAUAAAAUUUCAUUUAUUAAGAAAGCUUUUAUUUUCUUCAUUCAUUUCCUAUUUCAGCAGAUUAUCUUCCUAUUUCUUUAAUUUUAUGAGUUCAUAUUUUGUGAAUAAUUGUUUGAAUGCUUAUUGGAUAGAACCGGAACUGAACCAAAACCAGACCGGUCUUGCGGUUUGGUUCUGGUUAGGUUCCAUGUAUAUAUUGGUUAGGUUUUGGUUCCUAAUUUUUAAUAACCGUUUGAAAUGGUCCGAUUACUGAUUUUCUAGAGAACCAGACCAAUCCGGACCGUGUACAUCCUGUCGAGAACGAUAGCCAGUAGUAAACAACAACUGUUCUGUUCCUAAUCCCCGAACAGGAGACGGAUCUCUUUGAUCCCAACUCCUUGUACGUAAUGGAACUAUUGUACUUCCUUGUUCUGUUCCUAAUCCGAACAGGGGACGGAUCUCUUUGAUCCCAACUCCUUGUAUAUAAUAAUGGAACUCUUGUGGAGUACUUCCUUAGUUUCAAAAGAAACAUGGAUCGUGCAACAGCUCUUAAGGUUCUUCUUUUCGAAUCAAUGUUCUGUUUAGGGUACACAGCGAUGAUGACUUUAGUAUUUCUUGGUCUCUCAGUCAUGGCUUCAGGAGCCGGGCUUGUUGGAUACGUACUUGGUGAUGAGUACUGCUUUCCGGCCGUAUCAGAAAUAACUUUGGUGGUUUCUCUUCCCCGUAGCCUUAUUGCUUGGUGCCUUUUGUGCUUCAUCGUGUCGGCUGGUUGUUGUCGUAUUACAAUCCUAUGGCUACGCUCUAACAGUACCAAACUCGAAGAAUCCAUCGCAAAAUCACGCGGCACAACUCGUUUUUUGGGUCGCGUGGCAUGGGCUUUCGUAGUGGGCCUGCUUGUCCUCAGAGAAGAUCUGUUUUCCACUGUGCUUCUUUCUGCCAUGUCUACGACGCUUGUGUCUGCGUUCAAGUUGAUCGCAACUCCCUGUGAUGCAUGGUUGGUCUCAUCGUGCUUGGUGGUUCAAUCUGUUGGUGUUCCAUAUAUUUUCCUUCUUGUGGGCGAUUCCUUCCUGGCAAUUGUUGCCAUCUCCGUUCUGCCACUGGCAUUGCUUGCCCUUCUAAUUCCGCAGGAUGAUACACUCUAUUGGCAAAAAGCUCAUAAAUUCCAGGACCUCUCUGAUUUGCCAGAUGAACUUAAGGAGGUGUAGAGUAGACGAAUUUUAUCCUGUUCAUGUUUGAAGAAGUUUGAUGUGUGGCCCGGGCUUGUUCGUGUUGACUACAUGCCGUGCCAUGUUGAUCUAGCUGCAUUAAGAGGGGUGGGAAGUAUGUGGAACUUGUUAACCUUGUUCCUUGGAAAGAAAAUUCCCAGUCUUCUGGUUUCUAAGUAACUAUUAGAAGUUUAGAAAGUAUGCGACUCCAGAAAUUAUGGUUUUCAUCAAGCAAAAAGCGUUGCUUAUGUGCUCUACAAUAACAUAUGGUCUUCUUUUCUCCAGAGUUUUGUGACCAAUUUUCACAAGGAUUUUAUUAUCUGCACAUUUAUCUUUUUCGUUACUUGACAUGCGUUUACUUUGUGUUCUUUUCAAAUUAGAUUCUAUGCAUGUCUGAGAUGAGAAUUGCCCUUAUAAUUAUGCAAAAACUUUUUGACAGGCUUGACAAAGU